CACUGGUUCAGCUUGGGACGGGAGACAACAAAGAUGGCACACAACAAGGGCUCAUCUCUGUCCAAUGCCCGUGGUCGUGAAAGUUAUGUUGGAAGUCAAAUCAGGGAUUCCAUUUCACUUCUGGAUGUUUUGUACGCAAAUGCAUUUGAAGAAGAGGACAUAGACUCAGCAGUAGCUAAGAAGACCGAGGUAGAUUUUUACAGAGGAGCCCCACCUCAAUGGCUUAACUUCUGCUGGGCUGAAAAGGCAACAUCAGCUGAUAAAACAACAACCUUUAUAAAAAGAGACGGGUACACUGAGCUGAUAGAAAAUAUUAAGAAACAAUGUAAGGGUGACCUGACUUCUACCAUGAAUCUGCUGUAUGAGCCAGGCAGUGGGGGAACCACUCUGGCCAAGCAGGUUCUCUGGGACAUGAGGAAAACACUGAGGUGUGCUGUUCUAACAGGCCCUACCUCAGAUAUUACCGCUAUCGCCAAGGAGGUGAUUCUCCUUUUCACUGCAGGCGGUAAAGGCCACCAGAAUACUGUGCUCUUACUGCUGGAAGAUGAGCGUAUUCUGGAGAAUCUGCAGGAUGCCAUCAUCAAAGAGAUUGCAAAGAGAAACAUCGUGACCCACAGGCCUGUGGUCAUAAUUUUAAACUGUGUGCGUAAGGCAGUUAUCAAACAAGAGGACCAUAACAAAUCAAGACAUGUUAUUCUCAGGAUGGAACUUUCUGAAGCAGAGAAACAACAGUUUGAGGAGAAACAGAUUGAGAUCAGUCGAAGCUACAGCAAUGAACACAAACAGUUUCAUGGCUUUAACAUAAUGCGAGAAAAUAUUAGUGGAGAUUAUGUGAAAGAAACGUGUGCCCUUUCAGGAGAUGUCAGGAAAAAUAGAAGACCUAAAAAUUCCCAGGUUCUUGCAUUCUUAUCACUGGUGAAUGCCUACGUUCCUGGCUCCCACCUUCUGCAGUCUCACUGUCAGGCAUUCCUGGGGCCUCCAGAUCCCAUUUAUGGAGGUCCUUCCUUUGAGCAGCGAAUGGAGCCUUUCACUCAUCUGAUAGUGACAUUCCCUGCACGACAGGGACAAGACAAACAUGUCCGCAUGGCUCACCCACUGAUUGCACAGCAGUGUGUUAAGGUAUUGGCUACAGCAGGUGUGACCAGGAGUGAUACAGCAAGGAACUUUCUGACUGAAUUUUGUAGAGAACAGGUACAACAAUUUUUAGUUCAAGACAUGUUAACGAAAAGGGAAAUGGGAGAAGAGAGAAAAGACACGUUUUCCAGGUUGAUUCAAGAUAUUGAAGGCGAAGAAUCCAAAAGGAAUGUUGUAUCUGUUUUACAAUUAGCUUCAGAGAAAUUCAAGCAAAACCCAUUCUUUCCUCAAAAUCUUGCUCGUUUUCUUUACAUUGAGACAAGAGCCUAUUUUAAAGCGGAGAAGUGGGCAAAAAUUGCGAAAGACAGAGAUGCUAAAAGUUCAUUUGUUGCUGAUACACUGGGGCAAGUAUACAAGAACAAUUUGAAGAGCAGGGUCCAUGAUCCUUCCAUCUCUGCACAAGAAAUUUUGCAACUGUCAAAUAAGGCCUUUGAGGCUUUCAGAGAUGAGGAAAGGGCUGCUGAAAAUGAACAGGGAGCAGACAUGCAAGAUGAUGGUAUGACCAAAGUCUCACGGAUCUUUAACAACAGAGGACUAUUUGGAUAUCUACAGGUUGCCAACAUUGUUUUUGACUCGCUUGUCUCUCUUGACAAUACCUGGCAAAAAGUCCUUACCAUGGAAAUAUCAGCUGACACCUUUUUCUUAUCAAUCAGACAGAAAAAGCUCUUCAAGUACAAGCCACUCAUCAUCAACCUCAGGGAUGAGGUGGAGAGGAAAUGUGAGUUUUUUGACAGUUACUUGUCUUACUCCAAACCCAGCAUGAAAAAAGACGAACCACAUUACUUUCAGACUGAUGUCAAGAACUGCUACUGCAAAUACGUGGGGACAUGUACACCUAUACACUCAGAGUCUGCAAUAGAUGUACCCCUCCAGAAGCUCAAAGAAGAAAUGGCCAUUGCCUUCCCUGGACUGCUUUGCUGUCUUGAUAAGGGCUAUGAUAAAACUCACUUGCGCCAAAUAACAAUUUUGUGGGAGGAAAUAAAAAACGAAUGGGAAAAAAAGAAAGAUGGUGGUGGUGAGAACAAAGCUGCCCAAAACUUCAUCCUUGCCAACAUCAUCUUAAGCAAAGUGGAUGCAGCAUCUCCAGUGCUUACCCCUUUGCCAAUCCUAAGAGGUAUUCUGGAAAGACACCUAUUGGCCAAUUUCGGUAACCAAACCCCAGAGUUUUACGUCUUAGUCCUUUUGCUGUUUUGGCCCGAGGAGCAUAAGAAAAUGGGAUUCCAUGUUGACCUCAAUAAAUGUGUUCUAGAGAUGCAAGAGUCUUACAAAAACACAUACAAGAAGCAUCUUCGCUCAAGGUACCUUCGCCCCCUUAUUUUCCUGGGUAAGGGUGAGGGUUUGAGCAGAUUGGUUCAUAGAGCAAAACUAGAGAAACUAUUGGCAAGGGAGAAUAAAAUGACAAGGCCAGACACUAUAGAUCAAAAGUGGAGCAGUGGUGAGGUGUGGAGAGAACCCAGUGUCCAGGACCUUCUUCUUCCAGUCAAUGGAGUGGUUAGACAGCACCGGGUGUUUGCGUGUGUUGAUGGCAAGGAGAUUGAAGUCUGUGCCGACCAACGAAGAAAAGUUUGGAAGUCUGGAGACGUCUGCUUCUACCUAGGCUUCACCAUUAGAGGUCCUGUGGCCUAUGGCAUACACUACCCAUCCCAUCAUAGACAUGUCUUCUAUUCAGGUAUGAUGACAGGGGGGAGCCUCGUACAUUUUUGGAAGUAACUGACAUCAAAUCGAUCAAAGACGGUAAAACCAUUCUAAUCCUAAUUUCUCAUUUUCAUCUCUAUAUUCUCUCACUCAUGUUCAAGUUCUUGAUAUUUUCAUGUGCUAAGUUUUCCACAAUACAGUGACGUCCAAACCCACCAAUACAUUUGUCAUUUUGCUCCAGUUUCACACAGCUGGCAGCUGCACUCUUAGAAAAUAGCAGUGCUUCAUUUGUAAAUUCGGAGGUGCCGGAAGAAAAAGUGAGAGCGUUAGAGGGGGGUGACUUGGGUUGCUCUCAGGUACCAGAACGCAUUCAAAAAAUCCCCUUCAUAAUUAACCAUUGCUUGCAUUAUCAUCGUAUUUGCAUUCUGGCAUACAGCAGUAGAGUAGAGAUUCUUGAAGAAGGGUGAAACAAAAAACGGGUUUGGGGAAAAAUGUGGCCUUUUUAUAAAUGCAUUUAAUACAAUUUCACAUCAUUUUAGAUGACUGGAGAUUUGAGAAGAUUAUUUUUUAGUAACUCACAAAUGAUCAAAAUGACAGGCUACUUUGACCAUGACAAACUCAGAAUCUGAGAUCAAUUAAAAGGACCCUGUCCUGAAUCCAGAAAUAGAUUAGGCCUUGGUGUGUGGAGACACACAUAUUGUACCAUUUAAGGAGGAAAUUAUAAUCCUAAAAAAGCUUUCCAGUUUCAGUCACUCACCCAAUGAUGCUCAGUUCACUCACCUGCGAUGGCCGAUGCGUUCAUUCUUAAAGCCAUCUCUUUCUUGUUUUACUUUGUAAAACAAUGCUGUUUGCUCAAUAGGCCUAUUUUUGGUAGCUUAGCCUUUUCAGUAGAAUAAUUUGCUUUCCAACUGGUGCUUUCCCCCGAUUGUAUACUGAACGAAAAUAUAAACGCAACAUGCAACAAUUUCAAAGGUUUAACUGAGUUACAGUUCGUACGUAUAAGGAAAUCAGUCCAUUUAAAUACAUUCAUUUCGCCCUAAUCUAUGGAUUUCACAUGACUGGGUAUACAGAUAUGCAUCUGUUGGUCACAGAGACCUUGAAAAAAGGUAGGGGUGUGGAUCAGAAAACCAGUCAUUAUCUGGUUUGAUCACCAUUUGCCUCAUGCAGCCAACACAUCUCCUUCGCAUAGCUUGUUAAUGAUAGCCCUCCAGUUUUUCUCAAUUUCCGCCUGAAAACAUACCCUAAUCUAACUGCCUGUAGCUCAGGCCCAGAAGCAAGGAUAUACAUUUUCUUGGUAUCAUUUGAAAGGAAACACUGAAGUUUGUGGAAAUAUGAAUUGAAUAUAGGAGAAUAUAACACAAUAGAUCUGGUAGAAGAAAAUACAAGGAAAUAAUCAGAUGUUUUCUGUUCUUUUACUGUUGUUGCAUCUUUCAAAUGAACAAGAACAGCCAAACAUUCAGAUAUGAUGCUAGGGAUAAUUUCAAAUAAGAACAUAAGUGGGUAACCGUAUUUGAGCAAAUUUUCAGACAGAUACCUUCAGGAAUAAGUGAGGUACAUGCCAUUGAGCAUGAAGUCACCCUGGUGUCCCUCACAAGUUUCCCAAAUGUACCCAAGUGGCCGAAUUGGUACAGUGAUACAUUGAUGCAAAUAACUAUGUACAAAAUACAAAAAAUGUAUUCUAACAUACCCCCCAAAAAAUAUACUUGGAAAAUUGAAAAUGAAAAUGAAAAAUUAAUAUUUAAAAACAAUGAAAAAUAACAAGGGUAACUAUUUACACUUUCAAUGUACAAUAAUGUGAAGACCCUCAGUCCUCUACACAAUAUUGUGCUGCUGAUGCCAUAGCCCAUAGCAGUCUCUUUCUGGUGUGAAGCAGAGGGUCACCGAACAGGUGGUGCAGGUGACAGGGGAUUUCUUGUGGCAAAGAGCACAAUGAAGCCUCCCUACUGAGCCCUUUUUGCCCUAAGGCACAUUCCUGCCUGCAAUGAUGAAUUUUGGACUGUGAACACCACUGGUUGGAGCCGAAGGGACUGAGGUAGAGGGGACAGAAGGUGCUACAGUGCUCUUGCUGUAGCUAGCAAGCUCCUGGAUGAGCAGCUCCCUGAAGGCUAGUUGUGAGAUGGGGGGCUGUCCACAACUCUUAGCCAUUUCCUUCUGGAGUAUGAAGGCAUUCACCACAGCAAUGUCAAUGAAAUGAUAAAACAAUGUCUUGUACCAUUUCAUGGUCUUGUGGAGAACAUUAUAGUAGCCUAUCAGCGCAUCUGACAGGUCCACACCUCCCAUGCUCUUAUUGUAGUCCUUCACAGCAGCUGGAAUUGGGAAAUUUUUGGUGCUCCAUGCCCCAGUAGCGCCCUUCACACGCCUGACGACGUGAUCACCACUGAAGGACUUGUGGAUACUGGAGCACAUGACCACCUCCCUGCCACCGGCCCACAUCUCCAGCUUCCUCAGGUCUAUGAACAGAGUAGGGCGUGUGUAGAAGUUAUCCAUAAACAGUUUGUAGCCCUUCCCUAGCCGCUGAAAAUCGAAUAACUCCAUAACGGAGUCAUAGCUAAGUCCCUUACCGGUCGCACAACUGCUCUUCCCCUCAUAGACAAACAAAUUGCACGUGUAUGCACACGCAGAAUCAGCCAAAACAAACAGUUUCUAACCCCAUUUAAUUGGUUUGUUACGCAGGUACUGUUUUAGGCCAAUUCUGGCCUUUGAGGCUACCCUUCUCUCAUCUAUGGAAAGGUUCUUGGUGGGCUGAAAAUAAGUCUUGCAGGCCUCAACGAUGUUAUGGUAGAGAGGAUUCAUUUUGCAGAGCUUAUCAAAACUUGACGUGCCGUGCUUCUUCUCGUUGUCUUCAUCAACUUUUGGCUCACUAAUAUGAAGCGCCCGUGAGAUUGUCAGAAACCUUUUGCAUGAAGGUUGUCACAUACACAUGGUUAGCAGAUGUUAGUGCGAGUGUAGCGAAAUGCUUGUGCUUCUAGUUCCGACAAUGCAGUAAUAACCAACAAGUAAUCUAGCUAACAAUUCCAAAACUACUACCUUAUAGACUCAAGUGUAAGGGGAUAAAGAAUAUGUACAUAAAGAUAUAUGAAUGGGUGAUGGUACAGAGCGGCAUAGGCAAGAUACAGUAGAUGGUAUUGAGUGCAGUAUAUACAUAUGAGAUGAGUAUGUAAACAAAGUGGCAUAGUUAAAGUGGCUAGUGAUACAUGUAUUACAUAAGGAUGCAGUAGAUGAUAUAGAGUACAGUAUAUACGUAUACAUAUGAGAUGAAUAAUGUAGGGUAUGUAAACAUAUUAGGUAGCAUUGUUUAAAGUGGCUAGUGAUAUAUUUUACAUCAAUUCCCAUCAAUUCCCAUUAUUAAAGUGGCUGGAGUUGAGUCAAUGUGUUGGCAGCAGCCAC